GAUACGCUUUAACAUUCUUUGUCGUGUUUAAGCAACCUACAGAAUUCUUUCAGCCAGAAGGUAGAUAAAAUGUAUCCCCUAGUAUACAUUUUCUAGAUAACUCAUAAUCGACAAAUAAGAAGAAUCGUGUUUUUGAUCCAUCACCCGUGAUAUUCUUCUUUUUGGAGGCGUUUCAUGUGUGCCAACUCCUCUGUCAGAAUUUUGACUGAGUAAAUAUAACUAAUUAAUUGAGGAUAAGGAUGUAUGUUCUUGUACGAAUAAAUUGUCUUCAAAAAAAUAGGUUAAAAUCACACGCCAGCCGACUUGUGCAACGACAAUUGCUGUUUACUGAAUUGAAGGCAAAAGAUCUUUCACCGAUUAACGCUAUUGAUUGUGACGUCACUGCCGGAGUCCAGACAAUAAUAAUAACAACCUAACCUCACAUCGGUCGGAUCGGAUAUCGGACACGAGGAUUAGGAAACUUAGAAAUCGUUGAAUUUUUGGGAAAAAUAGUUUGAUUAAAUAUUCUCGGUGUUCAGCAUUUGUAGAAGCGAUGUCUAUAUUUCUUAGGCAAGUAAUCGUUGCAGCUUCUCCUCAGCUACACCGCUAUCAAGCAGUAAGUUGCAGAAACACACACAGAUGGCUGCGCGCUACGUUGCAGGUACUCAAAAGAAGGAAAGAUAAGCAGGAUUUUUUUUACAAAGGACCACCCCGUGUCCCUAAUCACCGAAAUACCUAUCUUGAAUGGAACUAUGCUUCAGAAGUUUACUCUUUUGGCAAAAGGCUUGGAGAAAACUUGGAUGGUGACUUGCUACGUCAAGCAUUAAUUGACCGUUCAUACAUUCUGCAAGAAACAGAUAAACUAAAAGCAGUCGGAAUUGAAGACCCUAAGUUUGGACAGGAUAACUCAGAAAUGGCAAAUGAAGGAGAAAAUUUGAUGUCAGAUUUCAUCAUCUCAUAUCUCAGAGUUGCUUUUCCUAGAUUACCAGAAGAAGGAAUAUGUGCAAUUCGUGACCAUUUGAUGGAAGAGGAAACACUUGCAGAGAUCGCAAAUUUACUAGGAACCUCAGAAAUUAUUAUGUGCAAGGAUCACCCAGUUGAAAAUGGAACCCUAGCCAAGACACUGAAAGCAGUAGUUGCCUGUGUUUCCAGAAGCUCUGGUUUGUCAAGAGCAAAAUUGUUCAUUAGAGAUUUGAUUCUGCCAAAACUGGCUGGAAAAGAUGUCAGCAGCAUCUGGUGGCUCGAAGACCCUCUAACACCCUUAAAAACCAUACUGAAAAACGAGGGACGACCAGACCCUGAGCCGAGACUUAUCGGUGAAUCUGCAAAAAACACCAUGUUUGCCAAUUUCCGUGUUGGUCUGUACGUGAAUAAAGAGUUACUCUCAACUGGUUCUGGUGAAACUAUAAGCACAGCUUGCGAAAUAGCCGCUCAUAAUGCUUUGCGGAGUAUGUUUGGGAUCACUGAAAAAGAUCGAGCCUUUCCUUUGUAUUUUGACGUUGACAAAAUUCCUUCAUCAAGCAAGAAUCCAAGCUUAGUAAACUGGAGUUCCAAACUAUUCUCACAACAAGAUACCAAAAGGAUAGCCAGCUCUGCUUAGAACUGUCAAUAGAGAACUCGCUUUACUUUUGGGGCUCAGUCUAGACAGACAACAUCAGCAACUCUUAUUUAUAAAAGAUCGCAUUGACUAGUUUCUCUGCUAUAUUUAGUUAUCUGCCAAAGCCAAUUUUAAGUCUAAGUUUAAACUGGUUCGGCAGAAAUUGCGGAACCGCCAUACUUUUUUGAACGAGUGCGUUUGUCUCGAUGGAACCUUAGAAAAUCAUAUUCCUUACAAAAUAAAAUCAGAGCACUAAAAGUUUGUGAGGUCAAAAAGCUCUAGCGAAUUCUUUAAUAGGAAGUAAAAGAGACAUCAACCUGAAAGGCUUUCCCUUCCUCCAAAGUCUUUUCAACAAGAGGAAAAAUCCUUUUCAAAUGUUUCAUGAGUCCGUACUUGACACAAAAGGCAGAUCAUCUUUUGACGAUAAGUUUUUUUAUCCUCCUUUACCUUUAGAAUAUGGUAUGAGCAGUUUUUCAAAUAAGUGAUUCUUUUAUUAUAGGCAACAGUGAAGUGGGCGUUUCAGAACCCAAAGAAGAUGCUGACUUACCAGGUUUAACGUUAUUCUAUCAUUUCAGUUUUUCCACUGUUUUGUGAAGUACAUCAGUGCUCUGAAAAUAAUUACUAUUUUUUCAAAGCAACUAGUGAUUGUUGCUGGAUUAGCAAUUAGGUCAAAACCUGAAGCCUUUUUUAUUUGAGUGAUUUAUUUGAUCUUAUUGAAAAGUCCCUUGUCUCAAGUAUUAAGAAAAACGCAAUUGAAAGGUUUAAAAAAUUGUACCGCAGAGAUUUUCAAAAAAAAAUUCAAGCUUCGGCUCUUUUAUUCAAAAGAAGUGCAAAGUUUCAGGUUGAAAGCAUUUAUGCCCAAAAACAAGGUAAUGAAUUGAUUACAUUAAUUUGGACUGUCUACAUAGAAUUUGUGUGCUGUAUAAUUCCUUUAUAUUUAAUUCAUUUGUAUGUAUGUAGUACAUUUUACCAUGAAUACAUCCACUUUUCAAAUUUAUUCAAAACUAUCAAGUUUUGUCCGUCCACAAACCUCAACUUAUGUAAUGUUUUUCUUUAGCUAAUGGUCACCUGAUUGAGAUAUGGUAAAAAUAGUGAUGAGACAAACUGACACCAGGAGCGCAUCCAAAAACUGAACAUUAUAUUAACGAAUGUUUUAAUAAAAAAUUUAGUAAUAGUCGCAACUUCACAUCCUAUUUUAUUGAUAGGGUACGGUAUUUGAAAGUUUUUAGUUGGGAAAGUUGCUAUGCAAAAGGAUAAUUUUUUCCUGGAAACAAAAUCUGCAGGUGAGGAGACGUAUCAUACGCCAGGGAACAACUCUAGAAAAGAGAAGGAUUGUAGGACAGGGAAAAAUUGCUGCAUUUGGAAAACCUGCUUUGCCGACUUAUGUACUUUCUUCUGAAUCCUUUUUUUUCCCACCUUAAGUUUUUCUGUGCAACAAGCCAGAAUGAAGCUUAAAAUCUGUCACUAAGCAGUUUACUAUGCACACAACCUCUAAAAUUGUUGGGAUAAUAAAAACUCAUCCUCAAUAGAUUUUGUUUUGUUUAAUUAUUAUCAAUUUAGCUUGUUUUGUACUGUUUUGAUAAGUCUAUUAUAUUCACUUAUGCCAUUUUCAAA